AUGAAGAUUGUAUGCUUGAAAAGGAUGGCGCAACGGGCCAACUAUUACCAGCAACAAGUGGUCUCUAGCCUAUUUGGUGGUCGUGCAGCAAAGUCGAUUUCGAGAAUAUCUGCUGUACGGAGACCUGCUGCCGCUCUGGUAAGAAGUCAUCCUAGUGGAAGCGCAAGUGCGUCGCACCGUCGUUUUUUUCGAGUGACCAGAGCCGCUCGCUUCACGGCCAGCGAGCACAAUGAGUCACGAUCCGCCACGGCAGAGGAUGGUGAUAACGUGCUGAUAAGCAGAGCGCGACUGGACGAGCUUUUGGAAGCGGAAAUCUUAAAAUUUGCUGCAGAAGACGUGAUAUGUUGCGCACAUGAAGUGUCGUCACAUCAACAUCCACACACACAACACUCAACACAUGUCGACAGUAAUAUGAAAUAGAGGCCUCAUUUUCGUAAUGCCCGCCCAAUACCAAGUUUUCUUUGCGAGGUUCCACCACGUCAUUGAUUGUAAAGUAAAUCAAUUGCCACGACGCGGUUGUAAUCAACUUUGCCAUUACUUGUAUACAUAGAUACUAGCUCUGUGCCAUGGCAUAGCUGACACCCCUGACGUUCUUCGAGAUAUACUCCUUGGAGAACGAGUUCAUCGAGGAAUUUCUGAAGCGGGAGCUUCCUACCCGGUACGCCACACGCCUCAAGCUGAUCGAGAGCCUUCCUGGUUGGCAACUGCAGAAGAACCUGAAACACGUGCGAAAGGUGUACAGCGAUUCAUUCAAGCGGUUACGCAACCUGCAAGCGGCUGACUCCGACCGCUUCUUCGAUUUCAUCGAAGGCACCAAAAAGCGACACGCGUCCAUCGUGCCACACGUGAUUUUAUGCGGUGCAAAAGUAAGAACUACCAUCCGCAUCAAGUGCUGAAGAAGGUUCCACUCAUCUCUCCCGCUCGUAGAAAACUUGCGCCACCAAAGAAAUGUAUGUUGCUUCGAAAAUUCAAAUUGACGACAAAAAAUUUUGCUGGCACGCAUUUACACUAUGACUUGUCGCGCGCAAGGCCUGCAUUACCUAUAGCAUUUGGAGGCAUUGUUUGUUACAUGAUACGUAUGAUACCAUAACCCAUGUAUAAGUACAAGUAGCUCUCUUUAGAAUCGUCUGUCGUAUUGAUUCCGAUCCUCUGGCUCGGCAUGGCAAAAUUUAUGCGUUCUUUAUUCUUUUGGUUGCGGAGCGUUGGCGGAACCACGAGCAAGGACGUCAUUUGAAAAGCGUAGAUUUAUAAUAUUAGGAAUGUAGAGUUAGAGUAUGAAGGGAUGAUGUGCAAGUCCAAGUUGCGCAUAGAUCCCAGGCGUUUCACUCUCCGCAACGUUUUUCUUCCGCACGCGAUACUUCUCGUUUCUUUGUACUUCAUAAAUAUCCGGAGUGGCCGACAUGUUUGACAAGAACGCCCUAGAUAACCGCCGCGUCGACCGUUUCAUGUCAGCUUUUUUCCAGUCCCGCAUCGGAACGGAAUCUUUGACAAACCACUUCCUGCAACUGCAAAAGUCCCAGCACGGUAUCAUUGACCCAGACUGCGACCUGCUGGCUAUUCUGAAGGAGGCCGCUGACGAGGCCGUGGAAAUGUGCCGUAUGCACUACCCCAAGCUGUAUGCAAAGCGGUCGCUUAAUAAUGCUGACGAGGGUGCUCGCGCUCGACGGCACUGUACCCCGAGAAUCGAAAUUCGCAAUCACAGCCCCGCGACGGCGUCGGAAAACGUGGCUUUCGUGCCCGAGUAUUUUCACUACAUCUCUUUCGAGAUCUACCCUAUGGAAAAUCACCACUUGUAGCCACCAUCUGUAAUCAUCAUAAAGAAAAAUAUUGCGUUGCCAUUCUUGAUGUUGGUGUUGCGUCUGCGUGACACCGAGCAAAAUUUUGUCUUAAAAAUCAAUUUAUUCACUCGAGGACUCUGACAUGGACUGCGACCAUGAUCAUAGCAUGGCACAUACUUUGUGCACGCGCGUGCACCUCAAGCACCUCAAACGUUUGAUGGCGAUCAUGGUAUUGUCACAUAGGACAACUUCUUGAAAAACUCUUUACGUGCCGUCGCGGAAAAUAACCAGAAUCAGGAGCCUAUCGGUUCUCCGGCCAACGGUGAAGAUCGUGUUGGCGCGAGACGAGCGGAGGCUAGCGAGAAUGACGCGGAGCAUGAGAUUGGGCGCGAAUCGACGAUAUACGUGGAUCUUUCGUGCUCUGCCUCCACUAUCACGCUUCGUAUCAGCGACGAAGGCGGUGGAAUUCCGCGAACGCAGUUGCGCAAAGUGUGGAGCUACCUGUACACGACAGCAAAACCCGUCACAGACUUUCACUCCUCGGGCACGGGGGCAGGAUCAUUAUCGUCUGUGAAUAGAUGCGACAUCCCCAUAACAAGGCGCACCAUAUUCCGAAUAAAUGCAUAGGAACUUGCGUUCGUAGCGAUUCCGUUAUACGCCAUGCAUGCCUGCUAGUGCAGCCUCAUCUACUCCGCUACCGCUAGCGUUUUUAUGGCCGUCUGGGUCGCGUUCGCGGCAAGCUUCGAUGACUAUGAUGGAAGCUUGUGAUGAAUCAUUUGAUACUUGAAAACAACGCAACUCGUGGUGAGUGUGAGGCUAAGGCUGACCGCAAGGAGGAGGAACGCCUUGAAAAGCUGCUUCCGCUGUGCGUGUGACGAAAAACAAACGCUCUUUGCUCAGCGUUUUGAGGCCUAUUCGGAAGCAAGGAAAAAAUAAAUUGCUUCAUUAAAACAAAAAUUUUUGCUGCAUCGUGGAACUGGAAGCAAGUGUAAAUUUGUCUGCUCAGGUAAAAGUGGGAGUCGAUCAUGCUUUUCAGAGUGAUGCGGGAGCUCGGCGUCAUCCGACGGGUUGGACUCGGCCGCUUCGAGCAGCGAGGACGGUCGUUCAUCUGGAGAAAAUGUAGUUGGCGAGUCACCCGGUACAACUAGCAUAGGCAGUGAGGAGGAAGAAAUGCUUCCGAUGGCCGGGUUUGGCUGCGGACUCCCGCUCACGCAAGCAUACCUGAAUUGGGUUGGGGGGGAUAUUCAGCUCGUGUCCCUACCGACAUUUGGUACCGACGUGUACGUGAAAAUCACCAGACCACCGGUGUAGUCGUAAGCAGUUGACAAAGAUGAACUUCUACGGAGAUGAAGAGGACAGGUUGUUUCUAUUUGAUACCAUACCUGGUCUUCAUCAAGUUCAAGAUUCUGACUCAAAGGACAAUAAACACUAUGAAUAUUUGUAACUCUGAAAGAUGGAGCGCCAAUGCAGAUACUAACGAACAGCGCGCUUUGUCGCGUCGCAGAUAAAAACCAUGGAAAAUGGAUCUUCGUUCAUCAUCGACAUCGGUUUCAUAACUCCCGAAAGGCUUCCAAUUAUGAGGCGGAG